GGGAGGCCACAGGCCGAGCCAAGUGUGCUGGAACACAUGAGCUACCAGCUUUUCGAAGUGAAGUGACGGGAACAUGGACAAAAUAACGCCCGAUUGCCUCCAGCCACAUGGGUCGCAAAUUAUUAUCUCUGUCGUCUGGACAAAGAAUUUCGUGAACUGAAAGGAUUCUGGUGGCUUGAAGGUUGUUACCUGAGGUCUUCACAUGGCGUACUAGACAUGGCCGAAUGUGAUCAUUGCAAUUGUAUUCCAAAGGAAGUAUACUAUCUUCGUUGCUACAAGCAUCAACUCUGCCUGGAGUGCAAGCAAUAUUGCGAAGGUUAUGACUGCCUCAAAUGUGGUGUUAGCACAAGCCCUGAACAACUUAAGGCUGCUCCUCCAUUCACCAACUUUGUGGCAAUUCAGCUGCCGGGACUUUGCCCCAUCUGUGAGGAGGAAAUGACGCUGGGAGUGAUAGAGUACCAUAUUGGGGCAAGGCACAAACACGACGUAAGUGUUUUACAACCGAACAUUCAGAAGACAAAGAAUGAGGACACGACUAUGGAUGUUGAUGAAACUGUCGACGGCAAGACCUGGGCUCAUGAUUUUGAACAGUUUUCUGAGGAGCAGUCUAGAUUGUCGUCGGAGCACUUACCAGUUUUUGAGGCUGCUGCUGAAAGCAAUUUAACCAGUCGAUGCAGUCCACCUAUUGCGCAAGUGUCCAAACGCCCCCUGUGUAAAAACAACGCCCUCGAAAGCAAGCUAAAGGAACACAAGUAUGAGUGCCCGAAGAUCGAAAGAGAGUGUUUCGACUGCGGUGUCAAAGUUCUCAACGAAAACCUACAAGAUAACCUGGACAAGGAGUGCCAGAAGCGAGUAGUUCUUUGUGAUGCGUGCCACAGUCUAGUGACUUCCACUCAAUUUGGCAAACACAAGUCUGAGUGUCCGAAGAUCGAAAGGAAGUGUUCCGACUGCGGUGCCAACGUUCUCAAUGAAAAAAUACAAAAUCAUCAAGAAGAGGAGUGCCAGAAGCGAAUAGUUUUUUGUGACGCCUGCAAAAGUGCAAUGUCUUAUGAUGAACUCAGCGAUCAUGACCAGGAAUGCCUCGAGAAACCAGUGUUCUGCGACGACUGCGAGGGUGAGAUACUACGGAAGGAGAAGUUCAAGCAUGCCUUCGAGUGUCCAAUGCGUCUUGUGUACUGCGAGAGCUGUGAAGGAGUGUACGCCUACUCUUUAGAAAAGGAGCACAGGAAGCAGUGUGAAAAAAAGAAACUUGCUUGCGAGUACUGCGAAUUGGAACUGAAAGGCGAUGAUGAAAAAAACGCGCACCUUGAAACCUGCGAAGAGGCUUUGAUUGGAUGUGCUUUUAAAGAGUUUGGAUGCAACGAGAAAGCCCCAAGGAAAGAGAUGCUGGAACAUGAGAAGGACCCCCACAAUGGAUUUCUUAAUCAAGUUAUCCUGGGGCUGCAAGAAAGAAUCGAGAACCUGGAACGGCCCCUCACCGCCCUCGUCAAAAAACUUCGUAAUCCGGAUUCGGUGGGAUCCAGUCAAUGAUCGCCGGCCGGAAGAGACUGCACUGUGCGAUGUUAGGCAAGGAAAAUUGUCGAUAAGAAGGGUGUUUUCAAGUUCUUGAAAUAUCUAGCGAUGAUUUGAUUUCUUUAGAGGCACCGCAAUUUUUUUCUUGCAGAAAAACUUGACAAAAUAAAGUUGU